AUUUUGAAUAUUCAUUACACAGACGCCAUCGCUGCGCGUAGCUGUUUUGUGUAAGGGAAGUCUUUUACCUAUUUUAGUUAAUAAACAGUGUAGUUUUCAAGAUGAGUGACAUCGAUCCUGAAAAACUUAAAGUUGCCGAGCUCAGAGAUGAGCUCAAAGCAAGGGGCUUGGAUACUAAAGGAAAUAAGGCUGCCCUUGUUGCAAGACUCAAAGAAGCCCUCAGUGAACCGGCUGAAGUCAGGGAAGAAGUUGGUGAAGAAGAAGAGGAGCAAGAGGAAGAGCAAAUGGAGGAAGCUGGCGAAGAGCAAUAUGAUGAAGGGGAUGUUCAGCUGAUUGAUGAGGCAGCAGAAGAGGAACAGCAAGAGGAAGAACAGCAGGAGGAGGAACAGGCGGAAGCAGAGCAGGGGGCAGAGGAGGAAGAGGAAGAAGAAGCGAAGGACCAGGAAGAGGCUAUUGCAGAAGCCGAGGAGGAAGAGUCAGCUGAGCAACAGGAUGCAAAUGGGGAUGAGGAGGAGGAGGCAGUGGUCCUUGGGGAUGAGUUCCAGACCAUUGAUGAGGCAUCUCAAGAUGAUAAUGAAGAAGGUGACACUGGCCAUAAAAGAAAGAGAUCUCGGUCUCCACGUGAUCGCCACAGGCGCUCCAGGUCGAGGGAAAGACACAGGAGGAGUCACUCGAGAGAGAGGCGCCACGGGAGGUACUCCCCUCCACCGAGGAAAGUGGAAAUGGACGAUACCGCUUGGGAAGAAAUCACUGAAUUUGCUCUGGAUCGUUAUGAUGCUGACUUGAACCUUCGUUUUGAUGACAACAAUAGAAAAGCCCACCCGCUCACAGUUGAUGGGUUUGGGUACAUGUGGUCAGGAGUACGUGCCAUGUAUGGUGUCACCUCAGGCAAAGUGGCAUAUGAGGUCAAGAUUCUGGAGAACCUUAAUGUAGACCACUUGCCCAAAGAUGAGCCCAAUCCUCAUGUGCUAAGAGCUGGUUGGUCUGCCAACUCAACAUCUCUGAACUUGGGUGAGGAGGCCUUGUCCUUUGGAUAUGGCGGUACUGGUAAAGCUUCCACUGAGUGCAAAUUUGUUGACUAUGGUGAGGCAUUUGGGCCUGGAGAUGUGCUCACAGCAUAUGUGGACCUGGACAGUGAUCCUGUCAAUAUCUCAUUCUCUAAGAACGGAACGGAUCUGGGCACAUGCUUUGAAGUUGAAAAAGAGAAGUUGGGAGAGCAGGCCUUGUUCCCUCAUUUCAUGAGCAAAAACACUGAGUUUGAAUGCAACUUUGGUUCUCUGGAAGAGCCAUUUUUUGCCUUGAAAGAAGGUUAUGUUUUCUUGGAGGAGGUGGCUGCAGAGGAGAGGGUCAGAGGCCAUACUCCACCAGCUUCUAAGGAGGACUGUGAGGUGAUCAUGAUGGUGGGUCUGCCUGGAGCUGGAAAAACCUACUGGUGUAACAAGUACAUCGAGGAGAACCCUGAGAAGAGGUUCAACCUCUUGGGAACUAACAACAUUAUUGAUAAGAUGAAGGUGAUGGGCCUUCCUAGGAAACAGAACUACUCUGGACGCUGGGAUGUCUUGAUUGAAAAGGCAACAAAGUGUCUGAAUCGUUUCAUUGAGAUUGCUGCUCGCAAGAAGCGGAACUACAUUAUUGAUCAGACAAAUGUGUAUGCAUCUGCCCGGAGACGUAAAAUGCAGCCUUUUGAAGGUUUUCAACGCAAGGCGGUAGUGGUCUUGCCAACUGAUGAAGAGUUCAAAAAACGAGUGAAGGAAAGAACGGAUGAGGAAGGAAAGGAUAUUCCUGAAAGCGCAGUACUUGAGAUGAAAGCCAACUUCACGCUCCCUGAGGAGGACAGUCAGCUGUUUCUGUCUGUAGAGUUCACUGAAGAGGAGCCAGACAAGGAAGCUCGAGACAAACUCAUCGAAAAGUACAGGAAGGAGGGAAGGGAUGCUCUCCCUCCUCCAGAAAAGCGCUUUAGGCGUGACAACAGAUUUCAUGACCGUGAAUGGCGAGGUGGAGAUCGCCGAGGAGGAUGGAGGGGAGGGUUUGACCGAGACCGCAGAGGAGGAGGAGGAGGAGGAGGAUACAGAGGACGCGGCUUCAAUUCUUCCUGGAGGCCUUCCUAUAAUGACAGGAGAGGUGGUGGAGGCUACCGUGGAGGUUACAGAGACGAGCGUCGUCGUGAUGACAGAUGGGAUGGUGGCCGAUACAAGGGUGGACGUGGAGGCGGCUAUGGUGGUGGAGGCUAUGGAGGUGGCUCAUGGGGCAACAGCGGGGGUAACUGGAAUCAAAGCGGAUGGAACAACCAGUACAGCAACUCUGGGUGGGGCAGUGGAUACAACCAGAGUGGUAGCAGUUACAAUCAGGGCUGGGGCAACAGCUCGUACAGUGGCAACUGGAACAGCUACCCCCAGAACAGCUACAACAACUCCAGCUGGGGAAGUGGAAGCUACUACAAGUAAAUCCCAACGCGCCGUGGUCAGCAAGCAAACAAGGACAGCUUUAUGCUCUCUGCCCAAUUCUAUACACAUGAUUGGUUUGGUUUUGUUGUUGAUAUUUUUCUUUGCUUAGAUUUUUUGUUUUUGUUAAUGUAGUUUUGUAAGGCCACUUGACUGGGAAAGGGAGAAAUAAACUAUACUUCUACAUCUGUUGAUUAUAAAUAGAAAUUGUUCCAUAUGAAAUUAAAAACAAGUCCGGUGUGAAUAGACGUGUCACUCUCUUGCACUUUGUUUACAUUCACUUUGGUUUGUUUGUUUUUUGUUUUGUUUUUUAUGUUUUAAGAGGCAUGCUACAUGUGUUUGAUAUUGAAAAGAGACCAACUCUUCUAGUUUGUGGCCCAGGAUUGUGCAAAGGAAAAAUCCCAGUGUUAUUACUGCCAGUUUCAUUAUUUUUUUUUCAUAGACCUGGAUUUGUUUGGAGAGGUAGCAAAUUAUAAAACCGCUGAUUUCUUUGUGGAUUUUGUUGUUCUGGGAGCAUUUUGUACAUAAUUUGUGUUAGUUUUUAUGUCCAUCACAGUCUCCAAAACAGUCCUGGCAUUGGGAGGUAGUCUGUGGUGCUGUGUACUCGGACUUCUUUCAGUUUUUUAACUACUCAGUCAAAAGCAUUGUCAUUGCAUCGUGUGAAUGGGCUUUUAGAAUUAAGGUAGGGUUUUGUACUCAUCAUAAUCAAAUGGAAAAGUGAUGUUGGGUCGCCUCAAUUGAUCUUAAUCAAAUGGAAAAGUGAUGUUGGGUCGCCUCAAUUGAUCAUGUCAUUUGUUAUGUCAAAAGUUGGUUCAUGAUUUUAAUCAUUAAUUGUAUGUAUAUAUAUCCUCAACACUUUCAUCAUUGGUUUUCUCCAUGCGUACAGAUAUUGUAAAAAGCAGGUUGAAAGUCAUUGUAAUAUGGGAUGUCUCUUGCUUUUGGGAGUACAGGUGACUGGUAGGGCAGACACAGGUUCUUCAAUCAAUCAUCUGUUGGUGUCCAAAUGUGGUGAAUAGGCAGCACUGAUUUCACAUAGUCCUUGUAUAUGAAUCAUCAUUUUUGUGUGCUGUUUUUAUUUCCUGUACCAUGUGAACAUGUGAACUUAUCAAAUAUUGAUCAGCGAAGGAAUAAAAUGUGAGGAUUACUGUUUGCCCAUCCCAAUUUUUUUUUUACCUUCUAUUUCAAUUAAAAACAUUUUUUUAAAGACUCA